AUGCAGCAGACGCCGGGAGCGCAACCGAAACCCAAAUUCGCCAGGCCGAAGCGGGUUAUUACCGAGGCACGGAAGUUGCAGAAUAGGGAGGCGCAGCGGGCUUAUCGUCAAAGACAGAAGGAGCGGUUGCAGAGUAAUAGGGCUAGGACGGGGGAGAAGGGGGGUGCUAGUCGGUAUCAGCAGCUUCAGCCGUAUCCUACUAAAAAUGUCGAAGGCGAGGCUUCGAGUGGUCCGGCUCAUGAAGGUUUCGGCCAGUCAUAUAUUCUGCCCGACGCACCAGAAACUCCGUUUUAUAGUAUAUCCGGUACAGAUUUGUCGGUCUCGACACCUUCUAGUGAACCUCUGCCAGCAACACAAUCAAUUAGCGGCUCGACUGUCGGUCCAUACGGGGGGGUAGGCCUCUUGGAACUCUUGCUUUCAAACUCAACGCCCAACUGGAGCCUCAACGUCGAUUAUCUGCUGGCUGAGUCCAAUGAGCAACCCUUCUGCCCGACACCCGCAGAAGAAGUCAACGACGAGAGCGCAGAACACUUCGCCACAAGCACCUCAAACCCGACCUCGGCCUGCACACCCCAGUUCUCCCGGCAGGGACACAGCCCCCAUUGUAACACAUCAUCAACGUACCUCGCAGACCCUUACAAAAACCGCCUCCAAACCCCCAAAACAAACUUUUUCUCCGCCUGCCUGUACAAUGCCCCAAUAAUCGGGAUAAGCAUCGAAGAGUUCUUCUCUUACAACUGUAUGUCCCUGUGCUCGCCCUUCUACCGCCAAACAACCUCCUCCACGGACCCUCAAAAACUCCUAUCCGACGUUUCGACGCCAUACCCUCUAGUCCCCGCACAUCUCCAGCCAACCCUCCCACAGGUCCUAAUUCCGCAUCAUCCACUAUUCGAUCUCAUCCCGAUCCCGACUCUAAGGUCUAGGGCAAUUAUUCUCUCAGCGGCCGUGCCACAUUUAGUUGAUAUGUUUGAGCUGAAGGGGGACAUUCUUCAAGGGGGUUUACUUUGUUUGGGGUCGGGGAGUGGGAGUGGGAGUGGGCAGCCGUGGGAGGUGGGGAGCUGGGAGGUUGCGCCGUGGUUUUUCAAGAAGUGGAAGUUGUUGUUGGAUAGUCAUUGGGGGGAUCUUUGA